AUGACAUACGAUUAUCGAUCGGAUGAGAUUACUGGAGUGGCACCGUACAGUUGGGUUGAGCAGUCUCUCGCUGCUGUUCUUGAGCAUUCACCAGAGUUGAGCAAGUAUGUAAUGAUCGGAUUAAAUCAUUACGGCUACGAAUUCAUCGGCCACAGCGCACAGCCCAUUCAGUUUGACAGGUAUAUUGAAAAUUUGAAAAGGACGGAUAGCAAGUUGGAAUGGGACUCGAAAGCGAAAGAGCAUGUUCUCAAGUUUGAUUUGGUUGGUGCUAUGUGGCCAAUCAUGACAUACGAUUAUCGAUCGGAUGAGAUUACUGGAGUGGCACCGUACAGUUGGGUUGAGCAGUCUCUCGCUGCUGUUCUUGAGCAUUCACCAGAGUUGAGCAAGUAUGUAAUGAUCGGAUUAAAUCAUUACGGCUACGAAUUCAUCGGCCACAGCGCACAGCCCAUUCAGUUUGACAGGUAG